AUUAAUGUCCGUCUCGACGACGACCGAAACGCCGCUCAAAGAAACCCUAGUUUCCUCUGGAUCGGAGUCGUCGAGACUCUCACCAGGCACUGAUCGACGAUGACUUCCCUGUUGAGUCGAUUGUUGAGGUCCCUCAACCCUCUGUUCGCCAUCCGGCGACCUCCGACCUCUGCCCCCGCCCACCGCUGCCUUGCCACCGCCGCCGCCUCUUCGAACGCAGAUGAUUCGGCUGCCGCGGCGGAGAUGGACGAGACUAUCUACGUGAAGCGGCCGGGAUCGACGGCGGCCACCCGGGACCAGACGUCGGUGACAAUGCCUAUGUCGUUCAUGACGGGGUCCAUCGUCGGAAAGCGCUUCUACAAAGAGGUCACCACCCGCAUGGCCGAUGACGGGAACGGGUGGACGGUGAUGCUCGAUUACAGGACCCUCAAGACCCCCUCCAAGAGGCCGCUCAAGCUCCAGAGCCUUGCGCUUGCCAAAGCCAUUGCCGCCGAGUGGGACUGCCAGCAAACAGAUGGAAUCCGACCUUUCACAAUGCCACUCAUGAAGCUUGCAUGCACUGCACUGGAAAGGGUUCCACUUACUCGUGCAAAGAUUUUUGAAAAUUUGAUGUCAAAGUUUCAUCAAGAUUUGGUUUUUUGCCGAUCCCCAAGUGACAGUGAUUUGACAAUAGGAGUCCAUGAAAGACAAAAGGAAAAAAUAGACCCUAUUCUGGAUUGGGUGCAAUCAGAAUUCGGCUUUAAACCGGUAGUGUAUACCAGCUUUUUUGGGGGCAAGCAGGAUGAUUGUCUUGCUAAGGCUAUUGAACACGUUCUGAAGGAAACAAAUGACUUUGAAUUAACUGCAAUUGAUGCUAUGGCUGCCUCGGCACAUUCUUUGGUUAUUCCUCUUGGAAUUUUUCGUGGGAGGUUAGGAAUUGAGGAAGCCAUCGAGUUGAUAAGGCUAGAAGAGGAUUUACAGGUAGACAAAUGGGGCCUGGUUGAAGGAGGCCAUGAUGUUGAUAUUGCUGAUCUCAAGGUGCAAAUCUCAUCUGCCACUGUGCUUCUUGGGCUUUCAAAGUUGACGUGAUUAUGCUCCAAUAUCUAGUGUUAUACAGCCCCUCAUCCAUCUGGCAAUGUGAAAGAGCUUCUGCAAACUUUGAGUUACCUUUUUUUUCCUUCUGCCCAGAAAUCACCUUGUAAUGUAUAAUGUGCUUGUUGCUGCGUCAACAAGCAGACCAGUUUGAUUGCACUAUCAAAUAACCUGUUUCCUUGGUAUCUCGAACUGGUGCCAAACCAUCUGAUUUGGCUGUUUGAGAGAUUCUGACAUUCUUGUAUCAAAUGUGUUUGAAUGUCGAUGAUUUUUGUUCUAUUUUGAAUCA